CCAGCAGCCAGGAUGACAGGACCCCUUCUGAGGUUGAACUCGCUCAUUUGCAGCUGAAAUUUUUCACUUGCAGGAGCAUGUCUGUGGGCUGGAAUCAAAGGCAUCGCCUGGAGGGCUGAGAACAUCAGAAAUAGCAGUGAGACUCCGCUGAUGUCAGCAGAGUUACGUCUGAGAAGUACAAUACACAGUAUACAAAUUCUAGGAGAAUAACUGUAGAACACAGAACAACUAUGGACUAGGCAAGGCUUUGAUUGGCUAUUCUUGGAGAAGACCAUGGCGAGUGAGAGCAGUUGCCACCAAAGUCAUGAGAUAUGGUAGCCUCUUAAGAAGGCCUGAUUCUCCUUCCAGUGACAGAGGCAUAAAUCAAGAGUAGCUCCAUUGAAGCAUGCAUGUGAAUGUUAUCCUUUUCCUCUGCACCAUCUUGCAAAAUAGUGAAAUAUUCACGAGUCCUAAGCUGUGGGGGACUUGCACCAAAACUCUGCAUCUAGGCACAUGUGACUUUGGGGUACCUUGGAAUCUGGAUCCAUAUGUGAAUUUUCUGCUCCAGACCCAUCACAAGCAUUAAGGUGUGUAGCCCUGAAGAGGGAGUGCUCCUAUCAGCUGCUCACAGAAAGGAAGGUAAACACUCCCAACAGGCACCAAGGUACAGGGAGUGUCUCAUGUUUCCAACACUUCCCUGCUCCGUGAGCAAAGUAACAAUUAAUAGCUCUGUGGACUCGUAUAUAAAACUAUCUGGAGGCAUCUGUCAGAGUGCAGAGCUGUCAUGCUUCUUCAGGGGCUCAAUAAAACAGCAUGUGACUUUCUUCCGUUACUCUUCAGUUCAUUUUGAUCACACAUCCAGGCAUAUCGUUAGCUAAUGCCCGUAUGCAAGUCACUCAAGAAGCUGCUGUGUUUGAUGGCUGUAGUGCUGGAUUUGAAUAAAAUUGGUCACAAGCAGGAUAUUUUUGUUUCAGUGCCAUCUAACUCAAAUAAAUGAAGAAAGUGACUAUGAAAUCGCAACAUCCACCAUCUGCUAUUUCCAUCAAUGAGGACAAGUACAUUACCAGGGAUCAACUUAACUCUUUACUGAAGACCUAUAACUAUUUUUAUGUUGACCAAGAGAAUCUGCAACUCUCCUAUAAUCAGCCAGAAGGCAGCAAACCAGUUAUCGAAGGAAUCCUGGCUAUUUUUUGGGGCCUACGACGUCCCAUCCGAUUAAAAAUCCAAGAUGAGAAGCAAAUUCCCCCUUUUGUAACUCUGAAGUCGCCGGAGCGUGUGGGUUUGUUCCCUAGUAAAAGGGGGAUGAUGCGCUGGGGAGAAUUUGAUAAUCUCUAUCACAUUAGCGAAGAGACACCAAAUUCUUCAGAAGAGCCUCUAAGCCAUGAGAAAGGUUGCUCCUCUUAUGAGAGCAGCACCCUCAAACCCAGAAGUGUGCAGGAGCCCACUUCCCUGAGCCCACACAGAACCAGAGCCAUGAGUGACACACUACAAGUGAGGAAAAGGGCAAAUUCCCCAACGGAUGCAAGAAAGGAAGUGGAAAAGCACAGGUUCUCCAUUAAUGGGCAUUUCUACAACUAUGAGACAUCCAUUUUCACUCCAGCUUUUGGAUCAGAAACUAAAAUAAGAAUAAACAGCAACAUGAAAACAGGAGAAGUAAUAGAACAACUGCUUCAGAAAUUUAAGAUUGAAAAUAGUCCACAAGAAUUUGCACUUUAUAUCAUCCAUGCAUCAGGAGAAAAGAAAAGGCUCAAGAACACGGACACUCCGCUGCUGGAGAGACUCUUACAGGGUCCCUCAGAACAGAUUGCGCAAUUUUUUCUCAUGGACAAGAAUUCAGAAGAAGUUACUAGUGACGUUGCUCAGUACCUUAAAUUUCACGUUCCUCUCUUGGAAUCCAUUCUGCAAAAACUAAAUGAGGAAGAAGGUCGGGAGAUUGAACAGACAAUUGCAAAAUACAAUAGGGAGAAGGAUAUAAUACUCCAGCACCUUAACAGUAAAAGGUUAAUAAAAACGGAGACUGCUGUAUAACAUCACACUCUGCUGCUGAUCACACACUUCCUCUAAGCCAUAGGAGACUUAAUUUUCUAUUCCUUAUAUCUUUGGAAAUAUUGAGAACGUGCCAUAACUGUGAUCUGUACAGCACAUGGGCCUCUAAAGUUGAGUGGGGUUUGUUUCUGGUAACUUUUCAAAUGGGACUGAAAACAAACUCUGUAGCAUUCUGAAUGGGAAUUAAGAAGAGCUGAUAAAACCCGUAUUCUUCUCUAGCAGGGGCUCUGCCAUUGUGACUACUUAUGUAACUUGAAACUUCAGAAAGGAGAAAAGUCCAUUAAAAGGGCACACCUUUGAAACUUGUCCAUUUGCAACCCACAAGCCAGAGCAUUGUGAAUAUAGAGAUAUAUCGUAAUCAUCCAGAUGGAUUAAGAAUCCUACAGAAAACUGAAAAUAAUGUCAUAGGCUGUCUGCUUUAGAAGAAUUGUUUAAUUGAAGUCUGAGAGUGUUCAUCAAUCUGUCUAAGAGUUUAUUAAUCUGAGUCUGAGGAUGUUCAUUAAAGGAUCUAGGGUCAGAUUUACAAAGGUAUUUAGGCACCUAAGCGGGUGAUGUAGAUAAAUCUCUUUAAAAAUUGAUGGAAUGUAGGUGCCCAAUUCCCUUAUCUUUGUAAAUCAGACCUUUGCAGGUUUAGCUUGAAUGAUAAGAUCUGAAAAAGACUCUUCCACUCAUGCUUUUAUUUUAAUCAAUUGACUAAAAAUAAGGGAUUAAUUUUUCACCUGAAACUCCUUUUUAAGGAACUGUGUAAUGAGUUCUCUCUAAACAUUGUUAUAUUUGAUCAAUUUCAUAAAGACUGCACGAGAGGUAUUUUCUCUGGGAUAAGAAAUGGAUUAUUUCCCCUUUCCUUGUUCCUUCUUUUUGCUUAGA